AGCAGCGCCAGGCAUCCGGAGUCCUGGACUGACGGCUGCGGUUCCCCCAGAACACCCCCGACCUGAGAAGGGACCCCCGCCAUGAAGAGGCUCCUCGUAGCCACCUGCCUGGUGUCCGUGCUGCUGUGCGAGGCAGCUGUGGCUCCAGCACCCCAGGUUCUCGUCAAGACCAAAAGCAAGCAGGGGGUCUCCGAGCAGGACACAGAGAAGGCCUGGGGCGCCCGAGCUCUGGACCCUCCAGAGAAGGGUGGCCAGCUGCUGUGGCCACUCCCCGGGCCGAGGCCGAAGCUUGCGGCUGCUGCUGAGAAAGAGCUGCCAGGUGCCAACGCCUGGGCAGGCACCCAGGACAUCCUGCGCCGUUUCCGGGUGCCGAAGCUGGGUCCUGAGCCCGACCUGGACGACCAGCACCACCCCCACCCCAAGGAGGCCUUGGGCAAGGAAGGGUCCCAGCCCUGCGUGCUGCCACCUCGCCAGGUGCUCCAGGGCCCGGAGGAGGACCGGGACCACAUCCACCACCCGGCAUAGGCUCCCCGGGGCCCUGACCACCCUCCCCUCCAUGGCCCAAGGCCGCGCUGCGGGGGCUGCUGGCCCCUGCUCCUACGCCAAGUAGAAAAAUAAACAUCAGCAAAGA